UGAAGACUACAUUAAUUGGGACCUGACUCAUAGAGCAAGAUCCCUCCAAAAAUUGGUGUAUGCCUCUUUAUUGCAACGAGCACACGGUAUUCUUUAGUAAAAGGCGAAAGAAUAGUUCGCUUUGUGCUCAAUGCGAGGCUGCAUAUUUCUUCUCUAAGCCGUGGCCUUCGUUUUUAUAGAUGCAAGUGUUGGUUUCAUUGUGGCUUUUACGAUGUGGGAAACUUACCUGCCAUUUACAAGCAUAAGCAUUUGCUAACUAAAUUGUUGAUUGUAUAAUUAACUAUUUAAAAGUGCGAGACGUUAAAACGACGUCCUUGCCCUUGUCUGCGGAGUUGCUUACUGUGGUGGGUAGUUGUGUUGACUGCUCGUCCAGUUCCCAAAGAAGCUCCAAAUUAUUUGAUUUUCUUGUUCGAAUCUGUUAUUCAUGACAGCCGAUUGUUGCCGGCAACAACGCAAAUCAUCAUACAAGUGCUGAUGAAGUCGAUCUCACCGGCCUUCCAGUCGAAAUCCACCGCCCGACAUGCCCGCGUUGAAGCCCAAAAUGCUGAUAAACCCACAGCGGCAUUUCAUCAAACACUUGGCAGAUGCAUCAAUGCCCCUCCUCUCCCGCUCACUCGCAUCCGCUUCUUCAGCCCAGGACUUGGGAAUACGAAACCCCCAUCAAUUCUACACCUCGCUCUUCUGCACUCUCAUCCAUCUCUUCCUCCGCUGCCGCCGCCUCUCCAAGGCCAUAGCCGCUUUCUCCGCCAUGAGGGAUUACAAAUUCACGCCGGAGCUCCCUGAUUGGAACGGCCUCUUGCACCACUUCAACUGUACUGGGUUAGUCCAUCAGGUAAUGCUCAUGUAUCAAGAAAUGAUUUUUUGUGGUGUAAGACCCGAUGUGGCUACCAAGAACGUUGUCGUUCAUUCUCUGUGUAAAGUUGGAGAUUUUGAUAAAGCGCUUUCCUUUUUGAGAGAUAACGAUGAUUAUAGGUUUAUGAGUGAUGGAGUUACUUAUAAUACUUUAAUUUGGGGGUUUUGUAAAUGCGGGUAUGUAGAAAUGGCACUCGGGUUGGUGUCUGAGAUGGUGAAAAGGGGUGUAAAUUGUGAUAGUUUCACUUGUAAUAUAUUGGUGAAAGGAUUUUGUGAUAAGGGUUUGUUGGAAAAUGCUAAAUUGGUUAUGGACACCAUGUCUAGUGGCUUAGUCACAGAUGGAACGGUUGUUCCUAGAGAUGUUGUGGGUUUUAACACCUUGAUAAAUGGUUAUUGCAAGGCUGGUGAGGUUAGUGUUGGUCUUCAGUUGAUCGGGCGUAUGACGAAAGAGGGCUUGUUGCCUGAUAUUGUUACCUAUAAUACUUUGAUAGAUGGGUUUUGUGAGAUGGGAGAUGUUGAUUCUGCACAGAGUCUCAUGAAUAAACUCUUGGAGUGCAAUAUAUCUAAAGUUGAUGAUGAAGAAAAAUGUGGUGUCGUUGCUGAAGUAUGUCAGAGGCCAGAUCAUAUUACAUAUACUAAUUUGAUUGGUGGAUAUGGCAAGCAUCAGCAGAUGGAAGAAGCAUUGGCAGUAUAUGAGGAAAUGCUGGGAAAGGGAAUCGAACCUGAUGUAGUUACCUUCAGUUGUGUGAUAAUCCAACUUCUUAAAAGUGGGAGGUUUCCCGAGGCCAAGAACAUAUUUCAUGAGAUGAUAAGGGUAGGUGUGAACCCAAACCAUGUUACCUACUCAAGCUUAAUUGAUUAUCUGUUUAAACAUAAUGAUGUGAUGGCUGCAUUUGUCUUGAAAAGUCAAAUGGUAGUUCGUGGUAUCACGUUUGAUGUGGUGGUGUUCACUACAUUUAUUGAUGGUCUCAUUAAGGCUGGACGGGUUAGAGAAGCUAAGGAUAUGUUUCAGAAUCUUAUGGAUUCUAAUAUUGUGCCAAAUUGCAUCACAUAUACUGCAUUGAUUAGUGGUCUCUGUAAAAAAGGUGACAUGAAGGGUGUGGAAUGUCUAAUGCAGCAAAUGAAGGAGCAGAAUGUGUUGCCAAAUGUGGUAACUUUUUCAUCUGUAAUUAAUGGCUACGUGAAAUGUGGAAUGCUUGAAGCAGCUCUCGAUGUACUGCGAGAUAUGGUUUCCCAUAACAUUUUGCCGAAUGCUUUCACCUAUGGUUCCUUAAUAUAUGGCUGUUUCAGAGCUGGUAGGAAAGAAAUCGUUGAACUUCUGUAUGAAGAUAUGAAAAUUCAAGGCUUGGAAGAUAACGUUUUCAUACUAGAUGCUUUUAUGAACAUUCUGAAGAAGGAUGGAAGGAUGGAGGAGGCGGAAGCAUUAUUUAAAGAUUCACUCUUAAGAGGAUUGGUACCUGACCGUGUUAAUUACACAACCCUGAUGGAUGGACUGUUUAAAUCAGGGAAAGAGUCCUCUGCCCUUGAAGUCGCCGAGGAGAUCACAGCUAAAGAUAUAGGGUUUGAUAUUAUCUCGUAUAAUGUGUUACUUAAUGGAUUGCUUAAAGCUGGGCACUAUGAUAUGCAAUCUAUUUACACUGGAAUGCAGCAGUUUGGAUUAACUCCAGAUCAUGCCACGUUUAACACCUUAAUCAAGGCGUAUUGUAGAGAAGGGAAAUUUGAUCAUUCUCUUCGACUCUUGGAUGAAAUGGAACUUCAUGGAUUAAAGCCUAAUGCAGUAACCUGUAAUGUUUUGGUGGAAGGAUUUUGCAAGUCUGGGAAGAUUGAUGAGGCAAUGGAUUUGUUAAAAGAGUUUUUUGUUGCAGGAUUACAUCCUACAGAAAUUAUUCACAAACUUGUGCUUACAGCUGCUUCAGAGGCUAAAAGGGCAGAUAUCAUCUUCAUGAUGCACAAAAAGCUUGUUGCAAUGGGACUUAAUUUGAAUCUAAGUGUUUAUAAUAAUCUAAUAACUAUUUUAUGCGGGCUUAAGAUGACUAGAAGAGCAGCAUCUGUGCUAGAAGAAAUGAGAAAAGCUGGUUUCCAUGCAGACACCGUCAUUUACAAUGCUAUGAUUCAAGGCCAUUGCAAAAGCUCUCAUUUACAGAAGGCUUCUGAUGUGUACUCCCAGAUGAUAGCUGAAGGAGUUCCUCCAAAUGUUACAACAUAUAACAUUCUUCUUGGCGGUCUUGCAGCAGCUGGAUCGAUGCAUGAGGUAGCUAAGCUCCAGCUGGAAAUGGAAGAAAGGGGCUUUGCUCCAAAUAGUACCACAUUUGACAUUUUGGUUUGUGGCCAUGGGAAGAUUGGGAAUAUGAAGGAAUCAAUAAGAAUUUAUUGUGAAAUGAUCACCAGGGGUUUUGUUCCUCGAACCAGCACUUACAACAUACUUGCCAGUAAUUUUGCCAAGAUUGGAAAGAUGAAACAAGCGAUGGAGCUUCUGUAUGAAAUGCAAACUAGAGCAGUGCUCCCUAAUUCCUCAACCUAUGACAUUCUUAUAACUGGAUGGUGCGACCUAUCUUAUCACGAAAGAUCUAUGAAGAAAUUGUGUGAUGCUGAGGCGAGGAAGUUGUUUACAGAGAUGAAUGAUAAAGAUUUUGUUCCAAGUGAAACUACUAUACGCAAACUGAGUCAUGUCCUUGCGAGACCAGGCAAAGUGGCUGAAGCACAAAGACUAUUAGAUAGAAUGUACAAAACAAAGAGAUAGUUCUGUAAGUGUAAGUGACGGGGGGUGAGAGAAGGAGUAGUAUAAGACUGGCUUGGUCACCGGUAAACCUCUCCUUAUUUAUUCUUUAUGGCGGGCAAAACAAGCAUAAAGAGCUUAUAGAGAGGACGGCAAUUUCGCUGGGGCAUGCAUCUCCUUGUAUGAAAGCCUGAAUCACCAGUAUGAGAGUACUAUUUGGUAUGCCUUGUAACUGCUGAGUCUCCAUGGCGGUCCCUUCACUCCCAUUUCAUACUUUGAAGAUGCAGAAAAACAGCAAAAGAACAGUGAGAAUAGUUGCAGCUCAACGGAACAGAGGCUGUUUCGUGCUUACGGAUGGGAUCACAGGAGGAACAUACGAAGCCCAGUGAAACAUGUUGUCUUGUCAGUGAUAUGUUGAUGGGCUACAUCAUUGUGAAGCUAAUGUCGUCAGCGACAAAGCUAAUAGAGUGCUUGUGCACCUAAAUUGAAGCUGGAGCUCAUUGGUCAGAUAUGGUAAUGUGAUCGUGGUGUUACCAGAAAUUCCAGUACGACUAAAAUGGAGUGAAGAAUUUGUUGAUUACAGAGGCACGUGGUGUGGAAUUAGUUGAUCAGGUAGAACCGUAAAAGAGCUUGUUGAUUGUCAGAUAUUCUCGGCAACGAAUAUAAAGACACAGAAUCAGAAAGACACCGCCAGCGGUUUCUAGGGCGUGGCCGUGGCGACUGAUCAGGAUUUGGGAUGACAUUACUUUUGCUGGUUAUCUCCCUUUUGUAGGUAUCUCAGAUGAACUGAUGGUUUUUAUUUGUUUGAGUUAUUGGUAUUUCUUGAUAUUGUUGGGAAUUUUAACCCAUUGAAACAAAACUUUGAUUGAAUUUAUAGUAACUUCAUAUUGGCUUUUCUUCUA